UUACCUCUUCCACCUCUCACGACUCCAGGCUUCCACCCUCAGGUGCAGCACCUCACUCUCCAACCAUGGCCAAGGACAUGACUCUGCUGUGGGGCUCCGGCUCUCCUCCCUGCUGGAGGAUCCAGAUCACACUGGAGGAGAAGAAGCUGCAGGGCUACAACCAAAAACUGCUCUCCUUCAUGAAGGGAGAGCAUAAGUCCAAACAGGUCAUGGACAUGAAUCCCAGGGGACAGCUCCCUGCCUUUAAACAUAAAGACUAUGUCCUGAAUGAGUCUUACGCUGCGUGCUUGUACCUGGAGAACCAGUUUGGGGGACAGGGAGACAAACUGGUCCCCGAAUGCCCAGCUGAACAAGCAAUGAUGUACCAGCGCAUGUUUGAGGGUCUCGCGCUCAACCAGAAAAUGGCGGAUGUUAUCUACUACGAGUGGAAGGUCCCUGAGGGAGAGAGACAUGACAGUGCUGUGAAGAGAAACCGGGAGGCUCUGACUGCUGAGAUCAAGCUGUGGGAGGGAUACCUGAGCAAGGGACCGGGCCCUUUCCUUGCAGGAAAGACCUUUUCACUGGCUGAUGUGGCUGUUUACCCGAGCAUUGCUUAUCUCUACCGUUUUCAGUUAUCUGAAGAUCGUUACCCUAAACUGGCAGCUUACUAUAACUCCCUGAAGGAAAGACCCAGCAUCAAAACCAGCUGGCCUCCUACCUGGCUGGAGACCCCAGACGAAACAGGAAAGCUGAAAGACAUCUGAGAUUCAAACCUGCUUCGUCUGACACACAAGAACUACAUACGAUCUGUACCCUCUCCUUGAAUUGCAUGAUUCUAGCACUUUUUAUAUGCAUUUGCUGUGGUUAUUACAUUGAAGAAAAUAAAUUACGUGGCUGUAACUCUAGAUUUUUGUGCUCUUAACAAAAAUAAAUUUUGUCUUUCCAUGCGUUUGA